AUGGCAUCGAAGGGGAAGCAGCUGUCGGUGCUCAUUGCGGGUGCGACGGGAAACACCGGCAGCGAGCUCGUCUCACGUCUUGUGUCGCACCCUGACGUGGCGCGCGUGGUGGCACUGUCGCGGUAUCCGAUCCCCGUCAAUCGCUGGCGCACAAAAUUCCCGCACAUCCACACUGGCGACGCCCUCCACUGCCUCUCCGUUGUAUCAGUCGAUUGGAACAAAAUCGUUGCAGAUGCCGCCCACGUACCCGCGUCAUACGUGCGGGAGGGGCGGUGGUACAGCAGCCCUGAGACCAGCCCGAGUCUGUGGGACACAUGGAACAAGAUGCGAGGAUCGGCAUCAGGGCUGCGCUUCGCCAGUCCGACGGGCAUCAACGGCAGCGAUGUGACGGCAAUGAUGAAGAAAGCUUCAGAAGCCACACCACCACUUGGCAGGGCGGGCAAGAUAAUCGGCCGAAACGAUGGUUCAUUCCUCUCCUCCAGUAGUAGUAGUCGCAGUAAUGGUGACAUCAGCAGCAGCAGCAGCAGCAGUGGCUGUGCGAUGGGGUACGUGAAGGUGAUUGGUGAUCCAUCGGUGAAUGACGACGCGCAGAAUGGGUUUCUCAAUGCGCUUCUGCAGAACACAUUCUACAAGUCCGUCUUCAGCGGGCAUCACGUUGCAAUCAACUGCCUGGGAUCGAAAAAGUUCUUCAUGGGGUCGGAGGUGCAUGCGGUGGAUCAUCAGUACGCCAUCGCCUUCGCCAAGAUGGUGCGUGUGUUCAACUGCAUGGUCCACGCAGAGCCGCUGGAGGAAGAGGAGGAGAUCCUCAUGGAGCGCCACUCGAAGCAGAUGGACAGUGUGCUCUGGGGAGAGAUAUACGCGGCAUGCUACGGACGCGUGGCGCCCGCGUGGUUCCACACAAACGCCGAGGCGGGGAAGACUGGAAGCCGUGAGACUGGCGCCAGUGACACGAGCGCGCGGCCUCCAUGGCCCGAGCAGCAGCUGAGCCGCGGCGGGGAGGCCACGCUGCAGCAGUUCACGCAGGUUAGCGUUAUGGGAAGCAGCAUGUGGAGUCCUUUGCCGUACUUUCGCGCCCAUGCUGAGAGCGACGAGGAGCUUCUCACGCUAUUCAACCGCAACACGCAGGACAUAAGCCGCAACUUCCUCCACAAGACUGAACUGGACGGUGAGGACGGUGACGACGGAGAGACGGUGACGCAGCAGCGCGCAGAGUUACUGCUGCGCCGUGACGUGGUGAAGCUGUGGGAUAACUCGCACGUCACCAUCUGGCGCCCUGGCCCGCUGCAGCGUGGUGACCAGCGGCUUGUGGAGCGAAUGCUUGGCGUGUUCGUUGCACAGAUCGAUGUGCGGUGCUUCGCGGAGGUGAUUGUUGAUGACAUCAUUGCGUCCGUCGAGGAUGACCGCGGGUUUGGCGAGGUGGGCUCCGUCAAGGUCGUCGGCGGCAAUAGUGUGGCGGUGCGCGUGAAGAUGAAGAAGCUAGAGAUGGAGCUCAACAGGCGCGGCAUCCACACGUCCGCCACAGCCGCUCGCCCCGAAGGAACGACGCAGAACGUGUAA